CCGGAGCGGAAUAUCCCUCCCUCCCGGCAGAUUUUCUCGAUUCCCUUUUUCGGAUCAGGCAAAAGAUUCGCAGCCACGAAUUUCGUCUCUUCCAAGGCGCUUUUGACGUUUGUGAGGAUAACUGCCUCAAAAUACUUUCGACACAAUGGCGUCAACCUCUCAGCCUCCGCUUCGGUUUACCUCCCACAAAAACUUCGUCUAUCGCCUUGUCUUCUCUACGUUGACCGGCCGCACCAUCCACAUCUCUCAGAUCCGACCUUCGUCCCCGACCAAUCCAGGUCUCGCUCCGCAUGAAAUCUCUUUCCUUCGUCUUCUCGACGCUGUCACCAAUGGCUCGCAGAUGGAAAUCUCCUACACCGGUACUAUUGUCGUGUACAAGCCAGGUCUGAUCACCGGUAGCGCUACGGGCACCGGCGCCAGUGGAGGUGUGAUUCGACACGAGCUCCCUGUAGGAUGCACACGCGGUGUCAGCUAUUUCCUCAUCCCACUGUGUCUUCUGGCUCCCUUCUCCAAGUCUCCGAUCAAGGUGACUUUUUCGGGCCCCGGAGUGAUUACCUCGGCCACCCCGACCGGUGAUAUGUCCGUCGACAGCGUGCGCACGGCCAUUCUUCCUCUCUUCAACCAAUUCGGGAUCUUCAACAAUAUCGAGCUGCGCAUCUUGAAGCGAUCGAACCCCGGACCCAAUGGCAGAGGUGGAGGAGGUGAAGUCCAGUUUGUCUUUGGCCACCAAUUGCGACUCCCGAAAACUCUUCACCUCAUGAACCCUGGUAGAAUUAAGAGGGUGCGUGGUGUCGCUUACUCGGUGGGCGUGUCGGGGUCCAACAAUGCACGAAUGAUUGAGACCGCCCGUGGCAUCCUCAACCCUCUGGUACCCGACACCUACGUCUUCUCUGAUGUGUCGUCGGCACCAUUUGUGCCCGCUCCGGAGAAGACCAAUCCGUCCGGGAAGAAGAAGAUCGGCCUUGGCUUUGGCUUGUCUUUGGUCGCUGAGUCGUCUACAGGGUGUCUUUUCUCCGCCGAUGUGGCAUCGCCCCCCUCCGGUGGUGAAGCGCCUGAGGACAUUGGGAAGCGCUGUGCCUACCAGUUGUUGGAGACCGUCUCCAAGGGUGGCUGCGUUGCCCCUGCAGCAGUGCCGGUUAUGCUUGGUCUGAUGACCAUGGGGUCUGAGGACGUGGGCCGUAUCCAAGUUGGCCGGGAGGUCAUGGCCGCGGAAAGCACCAUCCAACUGGCCAGGGACCUGGCCAAAUUCGGUGCCCCGGGUUGGGGUCUUCGCGAUGCUAGUGGUGAGAACGAGAAUGGUGAUGUGAUCAUCAGCGUCGUUGGCCGCGGCAUCGGCAACGUUGGGCGUAAGGUCGCUUGAGCGUGAAACAUCGUCCACAGCCUCAUCUCUCUAUCGAUUAUCCGAUCGAGUCAUACGUUUCUUGUCUGUAGCGGCUCUUUCGGCAACGUUGCAGCUUUGUUUCAGACUCCU